AUGGAGAACAUCGAGCACACAACAGUGGCCACAAAUGGCAUAAAUAUGCACAUAGCAUCAAUAGGAACAGGCCCAGUAAUCUUGUUCCUCCACGGCUUCCCGGAGCUAUGGUAUUCAUGGCGCCACCAACUCCUCUCUCUCUCUUCCCUCGGUUACCGUUGCAUUGCUCCCGAUCUUCGUGGCUAUGGAGACACCGAUGCUCCCGCAUCAGUGGGUGAGUACACUGGGUUCCACAUCGUUGGCGACUUGAUCGGACUUCUUGACUCGCUGGGGAUCGAUUUGGUGUUUUUGGUUGGUCAUGACUGGGGGGCCAUGAUUGCUUGGAAUUUUUGCACGAUUAGACCUGACAGAGUGAAGGCUUUGGUCAACACUAGCGUCCCGUUCUUGCCAAGAAACCCGCAAGUAAAUCCUGUGCAGUGGCUUAGAGCUUUGUUUGGAGACGACUACUACUUGUGCAGAUUCCAGAAUAAAAAUAUCUCCUCAAACACUUUGUAUUUGGUUGAUGCAAUCAUGUGUUCUGCUUGGGUUGUUAGGGGUUUUACAAGGCAAAAGAUACGUGACAACGCCAUUGAAGGGAAUUGGCGAAGUAUGGGGAAGUCUGAAUUGAAUUGGGGAUUAAUUCAAUUAGGGCUUGAAGAACCUGGAGAAGCUGAAGAAGAAUUUGCGCAAGUUGAUACCACAAGGCUGAUGAUUAAAUUUCUUACGAAUUUCGGUCCAAAUCCACCUAUUAUACCUAAAGGAGUAGGAGUCAAGGCGUUGCCAGAUCCUCCAAGUUUGCCUGCUUGGCUGUCGGAAGAAGAUAUCAACUAUUAUGCGGGAAAAUUUAACCGUAAAGGUUUCACUGGAGGACUGAAUUGUUAUCGAGCCAUCAACAUAACCUGGGAGCUAAUGGCGCCUUGGACAGGGAUACAAAUCAAAGUUCCAGUUAAGUUUAUUAUAGGCGAUCUGGACCUUCUCUACCAUAUUCCAGGUCUCAAGGACCAUAUACACAGUGGUGGCUUCAACAAAGAUGUACCGCUUUUGGAAGAGGUGGUUGUUAUGGAGGGAGUAGCUCAUUUUCUUCAACAAGAAAAGCCAGAGGAAGUCAGCAAACACAUCUAUGACUUCAUAAAAAAGUUCUGA